CACCUGACCGCUGGACCCUCACCUGUCUCUGCCCGAGUCCCGCACCGACGAGGAUGGAACCCAACCGGCUGCAGCAGGAAUCUGCACUGGGUCCUGGAAGCUGCUCAGUUCUAACAUGGGCUCUUCUUGUUGGGUCCGGUUUUUAUUUGAUCUAUUAAGUUUUCGACGCGAUCAAAUUCAAAUGAUAGCUUCGUAAAAACAGUUCAAGCCUCUUGAAGCUUCCUCCUUGGAGACACCUGCUCUCUCCUCAACAUGGGGAACUAAUUCAUCACCAUCAAGCAGAGCUCCACCACCGACCCACAGGGAUGCAGAUUGGUCAUCAGGUCACGGGUAGGACCCCUCUCCAGAUCCCCCCCCAGCCGAGCCUGCCCCCGAUCCUGCAGGACACCCUCCUGGUCCGAGCCCUCAUCAACCCCAAACAGGAGAUGGAGGGACCCCUCCAGCCUCAGACACCUCAGUCCCCCCGGGCCUGCAGCUCACCGGGAGCUGCUGGGAGGUCCUUCUGGAGCUUAGACAUGAGGGUGGCCGUGCUGCUGCUGACUCUGGCUGGAGCUGUGAUCCUGCUGCUGCUCUACAGACUCCUGCAGUUUAGACACAGGCUGAGCGUGGCGAGGGCGAGGAACGCUCUGGAGUACCACGGCUUCUACCGCACAGCCACCUACACACUCAAACACCCUGCACCGCCGUGUCAGGACCUGCCGCCCCAGGACGGAACUGUCCCUGACGCUAACCCGCUGGUCCAAACUGUAAUCACGGUGACGCCUGUUGCCAUCGUCCCUCUGCCGCCCCCGCCUGUAGCUAGUCCACCCCCGCUGCCGCUGCCUCCACCUCCCGCCCUGCAUCCGCCCUCUCCCCCUCUGACACCUCCUGUCCCGGCUAUCCCCCUUCACCUGCCGGUGAUCCACACCACCCCCCCCAGCCCUCACCUGUCGUGGGGGGCCUGCUCGGACGCAGACGUCUACUCUCGGAUCGGAGCCUUCAGGGCGUCCAGGCUCUCCAGCCUCUCCAACCUCUCCAGCCAGUCCAAGGUCAUCCUGUUUGAACACUCGUCUCUCUGAGCUCCGACGUGGAUCAUGAGUGGAGACACAGGAAAUGCAUGAAGUGUCGUGAUGGACAGGACAUGAUGAUGAUGAGUAUACAUUCUGUAUACUGUAUAUUUGAUGUCAUUUCAGGGAUGCACAAGUUCGGGGAUCGAACCUGAUUAAGUCUGGAGGAAACGCUGUGCCACCAGGCCACAGUGGACGAUUCUUUCCCUGAACAAUAUUUACGUAUACUCACAUCUUCGUAUUCUGAAACCUGGGAGUAAAGAUCAACUUGAAGAAAGGCUGCUGGUCUUUUCCUGUCAAGUUCAUCAGAGCUCGUCAUCCAAUCAGAGCCUCACAAUCUCUUUACCUCACAAUCUUCAUCUUUUUACAGCUCAUUGAUUGGAUGAACAAUUUUAACAGCAACCUUUUCUGUUGCUGUUCUUACAUUUAAACGUUUCACCCACAUUUUCCCUUUGGGGAACUUACUCCAACAGCAAGUUUAUUUAUAAAUUCAUUUAAUAAAACCAUAGACCAGUUGCCUACGUACAGCUGUACAUAUUUCGUAAAUUUGAGUGAUCUAUGAAAUAUGAAUUUGAGACUUUACAAACUUUGUCAUUCCACUGGCUAUAUAUCAAAAGAUGAGAUUAUUUAAAUAUAUUGUGGCCCAGAAUGUUGGCUUUCCACCAUUAAACUUUUUGUAUAUUAAAAAAAUAUAAUUUAUUUAUCCAAACCACACUGUGAUGCUUUAUGCCAAAGAAUAAAAAGUUGGCAUUUU